CAAGGGAACCAAGCUACUAACGUCUGACAGACAGCGUUAGCUCCGCUUUGCUAACUCAACAUCUCGUUUAUAACUAAAGGACAAUAACAACAGACACGAGAUUAAAGAAGAAGAUAGCUAGCUAACUGAAGCUGCCGUGAUGUCGGAGCAAAGAGAAAACGAAGAGGAGGAGGUGAAAGAAGACGAGGAGGAGGAAGACACGGAAACAAACCUACAACCAGGUGGAGGUGGAGCAGAGCAGCCGCCAGAGGACGACAGAGAGCCGGGGAGAGAUGGAGAGGAGCUGCAGGCUGACGGGCCUACCACAGAUGUGCCGGAGACUGCAGAAGAAGCUGAAACUCAGGCUGAUCUGCAGGAUGACGCCGAGCCGCUCAGAGAUCCUCAGAAAACAGGAGAUGUUGGAAACUCAACAGCAACUGAUGUGCCGGAGACUGCAGAAGAAGCUGAAACUCAGGCUGAUCUGCAGGAUGACGCCGAGCCGCUCAGAGAUCCUCAGAAAACAGGAGAUGUUGGAAACUCAACAGCAACUGAUGUGUUGGAGACUGUGGAAGAAGCUGAAACUCAGGCUGAUCUGCAGGAUGACUACGAGCCGCUCAGAGAUCCUCAGAAAACAGGAGAUGUUGGAAACUCAACAGCAACUGAUGUGCCGGAGACUGUGGAAGAAGCUGAAUCUCAGGCUGAUCUGCAGGAUGACGCCGAGCCGCUCAGAGAUCCUCAGAAAACAGGAGAUGUUGGAAACUCAACAGCAACUGAUGUGCUGGAGACUGUGGAAGAAGCUGAAACUCAGGCUGAUCUGCAGGAUGAUGCCGAGCAGCUCAGAGAUCCUCAGAGAAGAGAAAAUGUUGGAAAUUCUACGGCUACAGUGAAGGUGGUGCUGGUGCCAGAGGGUCAUGUGAUGACCGUGGCCUUCGCCAUCGGUCUCAGCAUAUUGGAGCUGAAGCUUCACCUCGCCGCAGAGCUCCGAGUUCCUGCAGAGGUGCUGCAGAUCUCUCUGGACGGCAGAUUGGUGGAGGAGCAGCUGAGCCUGAUGGAGCUCGGCGUCCGGCCUCACGGCUCCACCCGGAUGGAGAUGAGCUCCACCGACCCGACCACCCACCCACUCCGUCCUCUUCGCCCCCCCGAGCACGACAACAUGCCCGACGUCAUCACCGUCCGCGUCCAGACAGGUGAGGGCGUGUUCCAGGAGGUGGUGGUGGAGAUUGAGCGUCCCCCCCAGCAGAAGGCCUUCCUGGGCGGCUACAGACACCGGCUGACGGGGGCGGAGUACCACAACGCUGCCAUCCAGACCCUGCCCAAGAGGAUACCUGACAGAACAGUGGGGGUCUUCAGCCGCGACACACAGACAGUAGAUCUGAAGUCUCAGGCCAUGCAGUGUCCGGUCGACGUCUCCACCCAGAUGACCGGGAUCGGCUGCUACGUGUCCUGUCUCAGCGACAAGCUGGUCGUCGCCCCCGGCAACUACAUCACUGCUGACAAGUGUCAUGACAGGAGGCUGAGAGCUGUGCUCCUUCUGCAGUCGUUUGUUCGCCGCUGGCUGGCCCAGCAGAAGGUGGACGGGCUGAGGAGGGGUCGGGAACGGCGGCUGGCCUGGCUGGAGAUGCAGGAGAAGAGGAGAAGGGAUGAGAAGGAGCAGCAGCUGAGCGAUCGUCGCAACCGCUGGAUCAACCCGCAGAGGAGGGAGGACUUCAACCUGCUGUACCACGCUCUAGAGAAGUGGAGGCGUGAGGAGGAGCAGCAGAUCAACUCGUCCCUGCGAGGAGCUGAGAGGAAGGCAGCUCUCUACACGCUGCUGGAGCAAGAGAUGCAGCUCAUCGCCGCCAUCGGACGCCAUCGCAUCGUCUUCCAAAACAAUAACUACGACAAAACUGUCAGGAGCUACCUGGAAAAGUGUGCAGCGUCUCAUCGGUGGCGAGCAGCAGACGGUCGACUGAUGGAGAUGGACAGUCAACACGCCGUCAGAGCCAGAGAGCUGCGAGAUCUCUACAACAACAUCAGCCUGUCCAGUGACAGCCGGGAGCAGAGACUCCACGACCUGCUGACCCUCAAACACACUGUCAUGGAGCAUGUGUGUCGGCUGACCCGGGACAUCGUGGAUUUGAUUGACAGGGAAGUGGACCUGUUGACUCGGGGAGUGAAGGAAUCCAAUCUGGAGGGGUUGAGGAAGAGGAUCUGUACUCUGUUCCUCCAGUACAUCAAAACACCAGCGUUCAACCCUGAGGUGAUCAAGCUGCUGAAGGUUCCCCAAAAUCCCUCUCAGCUGAAGAACGACGUGUUCCUCUGCCGGGGCUGUCAACGCUACCGACAGUCCUCUGACUUCAGCCCGUCAGCCAGCGCCCAUCUGAUCGGCAGGUGCCGGGACUGCACCGGACUCGACAACAUAGCUAGAUCCCGCGAUGACUUCUCCUGUUAUAAAUACAUCCUGAGUAGGCUGAGAGCCGACGAGCAGCAGCUCAACAAGGACGCCAAGAUUCCCUUCCUGCUGCAGGUGGAGGACGUGCAUUACCUGGUGGAGGUGGUCUGGGCGUCCCGCUCAGCCCUCCGUGCCAGCAGCGACCUCUACAACCUAGUGUUUGUCCGCUGGGAGCGUGAUAUGGACUGGAGCCCCUGGAACUGCAUCCUGCUGUCCAAAGAAGAGACUGCAGCUCACCUGGAGUUGGAAGACGUCCACAAGGCGUAUGAGGCGACGUUCCUCCAGAGGAUCGAACACAAACACACGUUGGCUCGCCGCCACUUCAGCCAGAUCCCCGUCAUGGCCGAGUACAUGGACUCUCGGACGUCCGCUGCCCUCGGCAACCAGCUUGUCUCCAACCCGAUCACCAUGGCGACAGGCAAGCACACCAUCGACACCCCACCGGCCUCAGCUCAUUAAGAAACACCCUGUGGUUUUCUUUCUUCCGUCACUGUUUCCUCCCUUGCUCAUUUUGUGACUUUUGAAAACAUUUUGAAAUCUCAAAUAAAGUUCAUGAUGGUUUUACUUCUG